AUGCGAAUAAAACCCCAUCAAUGAAGAGUGUUCAGUGUUCACGGUGCAGUUCUCUUCACUAACUGCGAAAACGGAGGAAAAAGUGCUACUCUUGGGGUUGUGUUUUCCGUUUUUCUUCCUACAGGACGUGUAUUGCUGAGACAAAUACUUAGCUGAAAAUUUUGCAUCGGAAAAACUAAUUUUCAGUCGACAGUGCAACGCAAUUAUAGUGUCGGAAAAUACAGCAGUGUAAAGAAAGGGGAACCAUUUCGGUCGGUGGUCGUUUUCCGGAGAAUCGCAAUCGGAAAAGAGUGUCCUCCGAGCGAGAAAAUUGGUGGCUCGGUGGUAGAUUAGCGCUACUGCCAACGCGUAUACCUUGUUCCUGUGACGUGCACCGUUGUGACCACUGUAGACCGGAUUUACGGAAGUGCAGAGCCUUGGCACAAGAGUGACCGAAUAUUUUUGUGUGAAUCCGAUUUUUUUCUUUCAUCUAAUUGUCACGCAAACAUGGCGGAUCAAACAAAUCAAAACUCCACACAGGCAGAACCAAUGCGAACAAAGUUCCUGUCACUGGAUAUGAAUAAUGCGAACUGCGAUCGGAAGCGACCUUCGAAGAAGUUGAGCUUUCAACCGAGCCCGGUGGUUACCGCACGAACCCCUCCGUUGUCGGACCGAACGAGGGAUCGGAUCAAGAUGCAAGCCACGGGGAAGUUGCAGAUAGCUCCUAAUGCAAUUUACGACUUCACAGCCGACGACCUGACGGAUGAAGGAGAAAUCGGCCGGGGCGCAUUCGGGGCUGUCAAUCAAAUGAAAUUCAACCGAACGGGUACGGUGAUGGCAGUCAAGAGGAUUCGAUCGACCGUCGACGAGAAGGAACAGAAACAGCUGCUGAUGGAUCUGGAAGUGGUGAUGAAGUCGAACGAUUGUAAUACGAUCGUCACGUUCUACGGGGCACUGUUCAAGGAGGGCGACUGUUGGAUCUGCAUGGAACUGAUGGACACGUCGCUGGACAAGUUUUACAAAUUUAUCUGUGAUUGUCAGCACUCUCGGAUUCCGGAGCCGAUUCUGGGCCAGAUUACGCUGGCUACGGUGCGGGCGUUGAACUACCUGAAGGAGGAACUGAAGAUUAUCCACAGGGACGUGAAACCGAGCAAUAUCCUGCUGAAGCGGAACGGUGAUAUAAAGCUGUGUGAUUUUGGCAUUUCCGGCCAGCUGGUGGAUUCGAUCGCGCGGACUAAGGACGCUGGUUGUCGGCCGUAUAUGGCGCCCGAGCGAAUCGAUCCACAGCGUGCCAAGGGUUACGAUGUGCGGAGCGACGUUUGGUCGCUAGGUAUUACACUGAUGGAAGUAGCUACCGGGAAGUUUCCCUACCCGAAAUGGGGAUCCGUGUUCGAGCAGUUGUCGCAGGUCGUCGAAGGCGAUCCACCUCGGGUGUCGCAGUCCUACAACAACAUGGAAUUUUCGUUGGACUUUGUAAAUUUUGUAAAUACCUGCCUAAUCAAAGACGAAAAGGACCGACCGAAGUAUGGCAAACUGCUCCAGCACCCGUUCAUACAGCGCGCCGAGAAGAGCCAUACCGAUGUGUCCGUCUACGUUAGCGCGGUGCUUGAAUCGAUGGCCAACAAUGGCAUCACCCAGUUCACCACGAACCUGCCGGCGGAACGUUGGAACGAUAGUUUCAACUAGGAGGGGAUGAACUACUACCCACUGAUAGGUGGGUAAUUUGAAGACGUUAUGGAUGUAUGAGUGUGGGUGUGAGUGAGUUGCGGGUUGUUUGCGAAAAACCAGCGUGACUGUUAUCAAUUGUUUGUGAUCCUAAGCUUUCCGUAUGGGUGUUUUUUUUUUAUGUUCUUCUGGGGUUGUGUUCUCAGUUUUGUAACGACUUUACAAAUGGAACCGGUUGUUGAUGAUGAGGGGGGUGUGACGAAGACAAUAAAUUGUCUCCCAAUGUUUUUUCGUUUCCUUUUUCGUUUCGGUUCAAAUUAUACCGGAAAUGCUUACACCAUUUAGGAUGUCGCUUUGAAGUGGGUGAAUGUUACAAAUUAGGUGUGAUUGUGUUAUCCUAAUCGUGAUUGAUCCGUAGAGAUUUAAUAAUUUUUAAAUGAAGUAAUAUAUAAUAACUAAUUAAUGAUUGAUGGAUGGAGCGAGAUUGAUAGGAAGGCAAACCAGAUGAGAGUUAGCACACACGCGUUAGACGUGGACAAGGGAUGGACAUAACUAGUUGUUGUUAGUUGUUGAAUAAAUCAAUUGAUUUUGAAUACUAAGAAAUAGUCGCUUUUUAGAAACGAAACGUUUGUGAGUAUAAAAGAAAACUGAAACUGCUGUAAAAGUUUAUGAAAUCAGUGAAAAAAAAAACUUUCUACUUAGCGUAAGCAAGUCCUAAAAUAUUGAUUUAAGAAAACUUUCCACCCCCAGUCAAGUCCAAUAAACCGUAGCAUUCUGCAAUAGGUUGGAAAUGCAUUUGAUCGAAUUCGCCAUAGUUUUCCAAGAACAGAACAAAAAUCAAACGUAACCUAGUGCUGUUUCGUUUAUUCUCGAAACAUUCGAGCUCGCUUAACGAACUGGAAAACAAAGUUACUCACCAGAUCACUGCAACUCGCUUGAACAUAAAUCCUCUUGCCUUAAUAAAUACUACUUCAGCUGCUUACACUUUUGUAUAAACUUCAGUUCAAAUUAGGCAUAGGUAUGGUAAAUUCAGUUAAUUCCGAUGCUUCAAAACAUAAGUUUUUAUAACUUUCCUUUCAGCUAGAAAAGAAAUCCUCGUAACCCCGUUAGGCACUGUAUUUCUAUUCCUCUGUAGGUAAAAUUGUGAAAUUUAAUGCUUGUGGCUACAGGGAACAGUGCUCCCUUUUUCAAUGAGCUUAUCACCAAUACACACACUGAUAUAAACAAACACAAACACUCCCAAAAACACGUAAGAAAAUACACACACACACACACACUAUUAGAAUUGAAAAUGAUUCAUAACAAAUGAAUAAGUAACUAAUUAAUUGAGAGAGGAAAGGAGUUUUAAACUUGAGAAAGGGAUUGUCAGAGAUGGUAUAAUAAUUAUAAAACUAAUGCAAAGCGAAGAGAUAGGUCGUUUAUGAAAAGCCAUAGGUAUACAACACAUACGGAUAAACACAUAGACAUAGCGGACACGAUAGGAGAUGAUUAAACCACACAACAAUUUACGGUAGAAGAAAGAGUUUUUUUUCUGUUGAUAGGAGAUACAAAAAUAAAUACACAAACACACACACACACACACACUAGGUCAAAAUAGUUCUGUCGGUGGUUCGUAUGGGAAUUUCGUAAAAAGAUGAAAAGUCAAAAUAGGUACGGAAACUUCAGACUAGGUAUCCCUUGUAAGAGAAGAGGGGUAAGCCGCAUGAAAAAAAGGAUACACGAAUAAGAAUAAACCACAAUGCAAUAUUAGAGAA